CCAGCUGCAGUAAAAUCGUAAAAGUAAAAAAAAAAACAACAGAAACAUAGCACAAGAUAAGCUAACUGAGCUAAAAAGAAAUAAAAGAAGGAAAGAGAGAGAGAGAGAGUCGCCUCGUUUUCUCUCCAUGUUUACUCCUACAAACGCUCUCCUGCAACUCCACCUUCUUUUUCUCUUCUUCUUAUAUUAACCUCUCCAAUCCAGACAGAUCUCAAUUCUCAAUAAUUUAUUUUUAUUUAUUUUUUUUCCUUUUUUACUUGUCUGCUUUGUUUGUUCUGUUCAUAAUAACAAUGAGGAGAUGGAAGAGGGUGAAGGAAAUUCCCAAAUUACUGUCCUAUCCAGAUCAUUUAUCGAACCGUGAUCUCCACCGUUGGAUGCCAGUAUCAACAAUCUCAACUUAUUUUAACUAUCUUAACAUCGGAUGCAACCGUCGUAGAGAAUCACUCAUCGGAUUGCAAGAACGGUACAAAUGGGACGGCAACGGCGACGGCAAUAACAAUAAUUCCGAUGUACGCAAAAUUAGAGCGGAAUCUAAUUGCCCUCGCUGUUCCAAACACAUGGAUCUCCUUUUCUCUAAUCGCCACUUCCCCUCUCCUUCUUCUAAUAAUAACCCCAAUCUCGAUUCAACUUCCAAUAACAAUAACUGUAACACUAAUAAUACUUAUCAGGCGGUUAAUUUUUGCCCGAGUUGUAAAACUGCUUAUUACUUUCGUCCCUACAAGAUUACUCCGCUACAGGGUAGUUUUAUUGAAAUUGGGAGAGUUGGUAAUAAUAGUCCUAAUAAUAAAUCUAGGAAUAGAAUUGGCUCCUUGACCAAACAACAUCCCAGCACUGAAGAUUUGGAAGAGGGUUUUGAUAGUAAUGCGAUUAGUGGCAGACUUAGGGCUUCGUUUUGGAAUACUCUUAGGUCGUAUGCAGGUGAUCCCCCGGAGAAUUGGCCGCCACCGCCUCUGAAUGGGAAUGGAUUGGCAGUGCAUACGCCACCUGGACCGCCAUUUGCGCCUGGGGUUAAUGUGAUUAGGGCUAAUGGACCAGGUGGAGGUGGUGGAGGAGAAGGAGGAGGAGAAAAGAGUGGCGGCGGCGGCGGCGGCGGAUGGGGUGGCUCUAAUUUAGGGAAGGAUUUGCCUACGCCAAAGGAGAUUUGCAGAGGUCUUGAUAAGUUUGUUAUUGGUCAAGACAGAGCUAAAAAGGUUCUCUCUGUGGCUGUCUACAACCACUAUAAGAGGAUUUACCAUGCCUCUUUGAAGAAAGGGCCAGGAGAGGAAUCAGGAAGUUCUGAUGCAGUAGAUGAUGACGAUAAUGUAGAGCUAGAAAAAAGCAAUGUGCUCUUGAUGGGCCCAACUGGUUCGGGGAAGACGUUACUGGCAAAAACUUUAGCACGUUUCGUUAAUGUGCCGUUUGUGAUUGCUGAUGCGACAGCCCUAACUCAGGCUGGUUAUGUUGGCGAAGACGUUGAAUCAAUACUGUAUAAAUUACUCUCGGUGGCUGAGUUUAAUGUGCAAGCAGCUCAACAAGGAAUCGUAUACAUUGAUGAAGUUGAUAAGAUAACAAAGAAGGCUGAGAGCUUAAACAUUAGCAGAGAUGUUUCAGGCGAAGGUGUCCAACAAGCACUGUUGAAAAUGCUGGAAGGAACGAUAGUGAAUGUUCCUGAGAAGGGGGCAAGGAAGCAUCCUCGGGGUGAUAACAUACAGAUAGAUACAAAGGAUAUCCUCUUUAUAUGCGGUGGAGCAUUUGUGGAUCUUGAGAAGACGAUUUCAGAGAGACGGCAAGAUUCAUCAAUAGGAUUUGGAGCACCUGUUCGUGCUAACAUGAGAGCAGGUGGAGUGACCAAUGCUGCAGUCACAUCAUCUUUGCUUGAAUCUGUUGAAAGUGCUGACUUAAUAGCAUAUGGCCUCAUACCGGAGUUUAUAGGGCGUUUUCCUAUUCUAGUUAGUUUAUCAGCUCUUACUGAGGACCAACUUGUGCGGGUCCUUACAGAACCAAAAAAUGCUCUUGGCAAGCAGUACAAGAAACUAUUUAGCAUGAAUAAGGUGAAGCUACACUUUACAGAAAAAGCACUUAGAUUGAUUGCCAAAAAGGCUAUGGCUAAGAAUACUGGCGCCAGGGGUUUGAGAGCCAUACUGGAGAGUACACUGACUGAAGCCAUGUAUGAGAUUCCUGAUGUGAAAACGGGAAGUGAUAGAGUAGAUGCUGUUAUAGUUGACGAGGAGUCUAUAGGUUCGGUAAAUGCUUCAGGACAUGGUGGGAAAAUUCUUCGGGGGGAUGGUGCGUUGGAGAGUUACCUUGCAGAAUAUAAGCUCAAGGAAUCAGCGGAAAAUGUUGAGGCUGGUGACACGGAGUUGCAAGACGGUGAACCAGAAGUAUCAUCCAGAGCCAUGAGCAUGUAACAAUAUCACACAGUAGUCAGUCAUUGAUAGUGGUUAUAAAUUGUUCCUGUUAUUUGUAAAAGUUACAUUUCAUAAUUGAAUGUAAUUAUGUCCUUAUAGCGUAGCUUCUGUUAGAAAAGUUCUACAGUUGGCAGGAAAGGAAAAGGAUAAGGCAGCAGUACAUUGUACAAAACUUUUGUUCAGUUAAAUUGAAGAUAAUAAUAAUAAUAAUAUCAGCACAUUUUCAA